AUGAUUAUUCGGGACCACAUCAACCUGCUGGGCUUGGCUGGGCUAAACCCCUUACUGGGGCCCAAUGAGGAAAGGUGAGUACAGGACUUCUGGUUGGCUGCCCGAUUAAUGGCAGACGGGAGCUUUUUCGGCUGAAAGAGCCCCGGCGCUUUGAAGAUUGGGGUGACAUGCAGAGGAGCUCUUUGCAUGAGCAUGGGGUUCUGGAUAGUCUUUUUCUGGCUCUCAGAGCUACCCAAAUCACAUUCCCUCUUCCCAGGCCACACCUCUUACCAGAUCUGCUUCACAUUCCCCCAAUGUUUCAGGAUAGCUGUAAUGUCCUUAAUCCCCUGAUAGUUGUAAGAAUGGAAUGAACACACACACACAUACUGUAUUUUAGGCCGUUUUUUGUUCCAUCAAUUAAGUGUUUUAAAUUUGUUGUUGGCUGCCCUGAGCCCGGUUUUCUGAACCGGGAAGGGCGGGGUAUAAAUAAAAAAUUAUUUAUUAUAUUAUUUCUUACACACACCCAAUGCAGUUAUUUGUGCAUUAAUAACAAAAAUAAAACAUUUACUUCCCUUCUAUAUUUUAUUAUUUCUAUUUAUUGAAUUUAUAUACCUCCCUAUACUCGGAUGUCCCAGGGAGGUUCACAGGAUAAAAUCGGAAUAUAAAACCACAAAGUACAUAGUCAAAAUAAAAAUGACAACAACCCAAUAGCCCUGCCCCGCACAUUUUUAAAGGGCAUAGUGUUACGGUAAAAUCUGGGUGCGAGGCUGCUCUGCCACCCAGCUCGUCGGACUAAGUCCACGGGUCCCUGCGGAGGAAAAUGAGCUCAGCUGGAGACAGAAGCAAGCUGCAGAAGAUCCAAGUUUAUUGUGCAACAGGUUCAAGGCGAGAUUGAACAGCGAGAAAGGGGUGACAUGAACUUUUAAAACUUCCCUCCAUGUCCCAGAAUACAGUGCAAAAUACAUCAGUUACAUCAUGAAUACAUUAACAAGAGGUUGGGUUACACAGAUUAACAUAUGGAGGAGGGAGGGGGGACUAUGCAGAGCUGGAGAUAUGCGCGGAUAAGCACAUCCUGAGUACCGGUGAUGAGAAGACAAUGGUCCAUGUAUGCAUAGUCUGCCACCUGGCAUUGCCCGGAGGAAAGGCUUGGCAGAGUGAUUUGACAGGAUUAGAGUCUUCCUGAGAGUACGUGACACCUCGCUUGAGGGAUUAUGGAGGACAGGGGAGGUGUCAUGGAGUCCUAAAGAAACUGAGUCGAUUGGCACCGAAAGCAAGAAAAUCGGUGCUGUGGUUGAUUUUAUAUGAAUUUUUAAAGAUUUUAGUUCAUUUUAUAUUGGUAAUUGAGAUCGGAAACAAAAUGGAUACAUUGUAGCAAGAUUUGACACUUUUAUGAGUUCACAAGUUUCGGUUCCAUUGUUCUCCCAGCGGGGAGCCGUCAGCAGCUUGUGAAGAGGUUAAAUGAAGCGUGCAGGAGCUUGCUGAGCUAGCUCUGCAAAAUGAAUGCAUGGUUCUGAUUGGGUAGAACGCACCCAUUCAACAGAUAGGGAAUCCAACUUUACACGGUCUACCCAUAAUAGAACUAGAGCGGGAGGGAAGGCAUAACAUGUUUGGGCUUAUUUCGCCCGUAAUAGCGAAUCAUCGUAAGGAAGGGGGGGAAGACACUUUAUUUAUGGGGCUUGGGGUAAAGUGUGGUGCUUGUGCAACGGUGUGGGGGCUGAGGGGUCCAUGUGGGGCUGGGUGCCCUUGAGGUCAUCGCCUCGGACCCUCUGGUGACCGGCGGAAGGGGUGAAGAAGGCAUGCCCCCCCCUUCCGUAUCACAUAGGCUGUAGGUUAAAAACAGUUAAAACACUUUAAAAAAAAGUUUUUAAGAUAUUAAAGAAAAAUGAAUUAAAAUCAAUUUAACAGAAGAAGCAGUAUACUCUGCUGGGCUGUUGCAUGGUUCCCUCCAAGUUACCAAUUACUGCUGCAUACUGUAAUCAAACCACACCUUCUUUUUCUCAGUUUACUCAGUGUAACCUUUACAACUGAAUUUAAGCCUACUAGCAAGUUAACUCGUUUACAGUCAUUCUUCAUAUGCUCUACAUUUUCCAAUCCUCCUUACAUAUUGUUUGAUCUUGAUCUCUGGUUCUGCUGGUUAGAUUUCCUAAUUCUGCAGACUCCAUCAACUUCAGCUGGUCCUUCGUGGGAAUUGCUCCUUCCCUCCAUUUUUGAGCAUAUUGGAUUCAGGAUGCAAUAGUUGCAUACCAAAACAAAUUCUGCUAAUUCUUUGGGACACUAGGGGAGGAUAUAUCAUUUCGUUAUUAUCCUUCCUCAUGAGAUCAGCAGUCCUUUCCUGCCUAAACUUGGACAUGAGUCACAAAGAGGCUUACAAACUAUAAUAAAAAAAAUUAAUAUAACAGGACAUCACAAUUACAACGUAAAUCAUACAGAAAAAUUAACAAAUCACCAGCAAAACAAUUACAGUAAAACAACCACCUUCUAUAAAACACUAAUAACGGAACAACAAACAGAAAAGCUAAAUAGCAUAACCCCAACAAAAGUCCUAAGAUUCACAAAGCGCUUCAGCAAAACAAUAUUAACAGCUCAUCUUCCUUUUUCUCUUUUUCUCUCCCCCCCUUUUUUCUUUUUUCUUCACCCUCCUCCUUUCCUUUUUCCUUUUUCUUUCCCAUAAUGGCUUAUGUUCCAUGCCAUGUGCUUUGAUAUUUUUUGUAGUUUUUUAGCUUAUUAUUAAGGAAUUUUCUUUGGUGGUUUUGGUUGUCUAUAUUUAUCUGUAUUUGUUUAAAGCAAAAUAAAAGUGUUAAAAAAACAACAAUAUUAACAGCAUUAACAACCCAAAACAAACUAAGCACUGUUGAAUUGGCACACACACUCUCCCCUCUGUGAAUCACAGCCUCCCACUCAGUUCAUCAAAAAAAGCAUAGGCAUAAUGCCCGUGACAGCAACUCCCUUCUGAAGGCAAGGCUGGUGGGGAAUGCCAUUGCCUGAUGCUCAGCAUAAACAUCCAAUUCCCCUUGUCACAGCAGCCUCUGGAAGGGAUAUAUCUGGUACAUCUGCCUACCUCCUGGCUGGCUGGCACGAGUGGCUGCCUAUCUGCUUGGCCCUGGCACUAAGCCACCAUACCUAGAAUCAUAGAAUCAUAGAGUUGGAAGAGACCACAAGGGCCAUCGAGUCCAACCCCCUGCCAAGCAGGAAACACCAUCAGAGCACUCCUGACAUAUGGUUGUCAAGCCUCUGCUUAAAGACCUCCAAAGAAGGAGACUCCACCACACUCCUUGGCAGCAAAUUCCACUGUCAAACAGCUCUUACUGUCAGGAAGUUCUUCCUAAUGUUUAGGUGGAAUCUUCUUUCUUGUAGUUUGGAUCCAUUGCUCCGUGUCCGCUUCUCUGGAGCAGCAGAAAACAACCUUUCUCCCUCCUCUAUGUGACAUCCUUUUAUAUAUUUGAACAUGGCUAUCAUAUCACCCCUUAACCUCCUCUUCUCCAGGCUAAACAUGCCCAGCUCCCUUAGCUGUUCCUCAUAAGGCAUCGUUUCCAGGCCUUUGACCAUUUUGGUUGCCCUCCUCUGGACACGUUCCAGUUUGUCAGUGUCCUCCUUGAACUGUGGUGCCCAGAACUGGACACAGUACUCCAGGUGAGGUCUGACCAGAGCAGAAUACAGUGGCACUAUUGGAUUCAGGAUGCAACCUGUUUCCUCCCUGCUCAGAGCACCCCCUUCUUUCUCCAGGUUCGGACCUCGCUUCCCUGCACUUUCGGAUGCGUAUGACAGCCAGAUCCGCGCUUUGGCUAUGGACACAGCCCGGCACCUUGGCUACAGCUCUUUCGUCAAAGAGGGGGUGUAUUGCAUGGUCGGGGGCCCCAGUUUCGAAUCGAUCGCAGAGGCCCGCCUCCUUCAUGUGCUGGGGGCGGACGCUGUAGGUAAGAGCUGGAAGGAAGCUGCGUCUCUUCGCCUCCGGUAACCCUUGGCCUUGUUCUGACCCGCUAAAUUGCCUUCUUCCCUAUGGCCAGUCUUUGCCAAUCCGGUACCCUCCAGCUGUUCUGGACUACAACUCCCAUCAGCCCCAGCCAGAGGCCAAAACCUCUGGAGAGCACCAGGUUGGCAAAGCCUGCCAUGGGCUUUAUGCAUCUUGUUAAUAGCACUAAUUGGGUUGCAAAGUUUUAUAUUUUGCAGGUAAUAAUAAUAAUAAAAUUUAUUUAUACCCCGUCCUCUCCGGCCAGAGCCGGGCUCAGGGCGGCUAACACCAAUAAAAUCACAGUAAAAACAUAAUAGUAGAAAAAGAGAUGCGGGGGGGGGGGGGACCAGUUUAAAAUACAGGUUAAAAUGCAAUUAAAAUGCAGCCUCAUUUUAAAGUAGCCGAUAAAUCAAGACCAUAAGGGGAGGGAAACGUAAGGGUCAGACCAAGUCCAAACCAAAGGCCAGGCAGAACAGCUCUGUCUUGCAGGCCCUGCAGGAAGAUGUCAAGUACCGCAGGGCCCUAGUCUCUUGUAACAGAGUGUUGCACCACAUCGGGGCCAGUGCUGAAAAGGCUCUGGCCCUAGUUGAGACCAGUCUAACCUCCUUGAGGCUUGGGACCUCCAAAGUGUUGUUAUUUGUGGACCUUAAGGUCCUCCACAUGGCAUACGAGGAGAGGCGGUCCCAUAGGUACGUGGGUCCUAGGCCUAGUUGCCAUGGAGGGGGGAUUUUUUAGCAAGCGCCUGCACUCAUUGUUUAAUUCUACAGGUUAGCCCCCUGCCCCCACUACAUGAAUCCCACUUGCAUGCAACUGAAUUUACAUGGGUCACUACGAAAUAGAUUGGCAUUCCCUUGCUCAGGGCCCGGAAUGUAACCCCCACAUAACUGGGAGGCAGGGAUGCUUGUAUUUGCAAAAAAAUAACUUCUAGAGAGUACCUGAUCUCAGACAAAUGCACCACAGGAAAGAGGCAUCUGGGUUGCUCGGGGGCAAAGAGGGCAAACUAGAGAUUUCAAGGACUGCUAGAAAAUAAGAAAGAAGUGCACUGAAGGGGAGGAGAAACCAGAAGCUUUAUAGGACCUCAGGGAUUUUUAUUGCCUGGUGUCCAAACAACUCACUUAACCAUCAAUCACAGCUCUGACUUCACUCAUUGGCUAAAAUCACUGAUAGGCGGGAGCAUCCAGGCUGGCUCAUUUAACAAGAAUCGCUUAGACAUGUACCUGGGCAUUUAGCUUCAUAUCUUUCUUUGCAAGAGAGCUAAAUAUUUCCUUUAACAAAAUAUGAAAGUUCUGAGUAUGAAGUCUUUGCCGGGGGGGCCAAUGGCACCAGGCUGACAACUCCUGAGCCAAACUCUUCUUAUGCAGAGGUGUAACUUCUUGUUGUGAGUCCUGCACCAAGCUUACACGAGAUUGCGCUGUUGUAGGAAUUUAUGUAUAGGGUGGGUGGGGGGUUGCCCCUCCAGCAGAUAUCAUGCACAUGCAGCCCACUAUCAAAAUCAACACAAUCGCUUUUGUGACUUGUCCCCACAAAACACUUCAUCGCAGUUUCUUCCUAUCUAUUCAAAGGGCCUUUGCUGCACGAUACCAAAUGUAAGAAUUCACUGAUAAAUGGAUCUAUGUACUGGCUCACAGGGAAAACUUCAGAAAUUCAUAUAGACAUGUGAGCUCAGCUGCUCAGCAGCCCCUCUGCCUGAGUGAUAAUCCCUGGCAUCCUGAUACCUGAGUGCCAGACAGGUAGCCAUUCCAGAAAUAACAAACCCAGAUGAAGGCAAAAGGGUGUGAUUAUCUUGGCUGGGAAAUAGGGAAAUGUAAAUAUCUCUUUUGUUACACUUGAUGGGUGUUUGGUGGAGGGCAAGGAGAACCAGGGGGCAGGGUCCAGGAUGCUCAGAUUACUGCCACCAGACCUCCCCUUUCAUGAUGUAAGUGUGAUGUAUAAGUGAUGUAGUUUGGGCGGGGUGUAACAUGGGGAUUAGCAGCUAAUAAGUUUGGGGGCUCUUUUGUUCUGGGCUUCCAUCUUGUUCCACCUGGUGGCAGGUGGGAGUCCUGUCGCGACAGUCUUCAAUAAAGACCAAGCCUACUGGCUGCUGUUUUGCUCUGGUAUUCCUGGCUGGUGUCCUUUUUUUUUUGUCCAAGGGAGCCCUCAGAUUUCUCUGCUAACAGCGCCCUGCUUCCUUUUAGGGAUGAGCACCGCAGCAGAAGUUGUUGUGGCCAGGCACUGUGGCUUGCGGGUCUUUGGUAUCUCGCUGAUCACCAACAAGGUGACCAAGGACUAUAGCACGAAAGAGAACGUCGACCAUCACGGGGUGCUCGAAGUGAGCCGGAGAAGAGCUUCCACGCUCCAGGCGCUCAUCACAGCCCUGGUGGGCAGGCUGGACUCUUGCAGCAGUGGCAGUGGCCAGAAGGAUGGCGAGACCUAUCAGAAUGGAGUCUAA